AUAUAUGGUACUCCUGCUUCCCUACGCCUUCUCUGAUCCAGGGCGGUCUCUUCUCAGAGGAAACAUGGCUGCCUCUGCAUCGGAGAAGCCACAACGCAAUAUUGCAGAUAACGGAGAUGUGGUCGAGGAGGUACCUUCACAGUCGAAAGAAAUGAUAAAACCUGAUAUAGCAGAGCUAACCAAAGAGGUGCGGACCAAUAUCCUAUGUACUGUUGCAGGAUGUGGAAAGAUCCUUCCAAAUACCCCGGCUCUGAACAUGCACCUUGUUAAGUCCCACAGAGUCAAGGAUGGCAUUGUCAACCCCACUGUUCGAAAGGACAUGAAAGGCCCACAAAAACUCUAUUGCUGUCCAAUAGAGGGGUGUCCAAGAGGACCAAAUCGACCCUUCUCACAGUUCUCCUUAGUCAAACAGCAUUUCAUGAAGAUGCACACUGAGAAGAAACAUAAGUGUGUCAAGUGUAGCAACAGCUACAGCACAGAGUGGGACCUCAGAAGACAUGCAGAGGAUUGUGGGAGAACGUACAGCUGUACGUGUGGCUGCCCUUAUGCUAGCCGUGCUGCUCUCCUGUCUCACACCUACAGAACUGGUCAUGAGAUUCCAGAUGAACACCGGUACCCGCCGGUGAAGAAAAGAAAAAUGGAGCGCAUGAUCUGCAGCGCAGUGAAAGUCCGACCCACGGAGCAGACGUUUCCGAUGCCUGGAUCCGAAAAGGAGCUUUCAGAGGGAGCCAUCCCUACUGAAGGAGCAUGCCAAACCCACGACACGGCAAAACAGAAUCCCAACCCUUCAAAAAGCAUGCAGAAGCUUCUCCUGCCAAAGCCUAAAGUGGCCCUGGUCAACGUGCCCGUGAUGCAUCUGGCCCACCUUCCCGUCCUUCUCCCAUCAGGUGAUAGCAGUGCCUUGAGGUCCGUCAUCCUGGCUCUGGACACGCAAGGCUCUCUGAGCACGUACCAUCUUAUCCCCCAGUCCUAUGGAGCGGUCGUGCCGACACUAAACACCAAGAAUUUUACCUUUAAAGACACUGUGCCAUACUCCAGGCCUGGCUCUGGUGUUGUCAGUACUGGUGUCCAGGUAUGCAUGGACAGUGCAGUGUCCCCUGGGGACCUGGGUCUAGGGCUGGCACUCCGAGGUAAGAGCACCUCCACAGACAUCCAGACAGACAUUUCAUACCUCAAAAAGGGACCCUCAGUGGACGGGGCUUUGGUGAGCUCCAUGGGAGAGUCCUCGGUCUCCUCCUGCUCGCAAACAGACAUUAGCGUGAGCGCUCAGGUCUUGUUGCCGGUCAGUGUGCAGACCCAGACAUUUCCUGCACGGGCCAAAACCACUUCGUCCAUCGCCGCGCAAACAGAAACCCACAAUCCGCUUUCUUUUCAACCCUUUAACAUCACCAGGGAGACUCAGACUAAUUGUGUUGGUGGCACCCAAGAGGAAAAGGUUCUGAUGAACCAGUCUGUGAUGUGCUCUGGCCUCUUUGAUUCUGAUUCGCCCAGUGUCUCCACGCAAACGGUCUUGACGGACAUUCCAUUCCGCACUGGCAGUGUCCACGACCACCUCAGCUCAUCAGCUUCUGUGCUCUACAGUGACAAAACCGAAGGACCCAUGUGUUUUGAAGCCCAAACAGAUAAUCUUAACCAGAGCUCUGUGGCAGACAACCAAACUCAGACCAUGACACUUUUGAACGACCUGGAGAAUAUCCUGUCCGAUGGCAUGGGAGAAGGGGCCCUGGAGAAUGACCAGACACUGUCAGUGUCGGCAGUGGGCUGUGGACCAGGACUGGAACACGUGCAAGAGAACAGCACGGGCAUCGACUUUGACUUGGAGGAGUUCUUAAGUGCUGCACACAUUCAGACACAGACUGAGGAGAGUGAUCUGGGAGGCCUAAGCUCAGAGACACAACUGGAGCUGCUCGACAUUGAGACACAAACCGACUUCCUGCUCCUGGACAAACUCAGUGGAGGUGACAUGGCCAGGACCCAGUCGAACGACUUGGAGAUGGAGAUGUUUGACACUCAGACGCAGACAGACCUGAACUUCAUUCUCAACCCAAGUGGUCACAUGCCACUUGGAAACAUUCUGAGGCAGUCCAGCUUUAAUAUAAGCACAGAGUCUUCGGACAACGAGACACAGACGGACAUCCGUCCGCCCACGUUACCCUUGCCCUGCACAUCUGAUGGACAGGUGCGGCUUAGCAGCGCAGAGACCCAAACGGUAACAAGCUCCUUCGACAGCUUGGGCCACCUGUUCCUGACGAGCAACGAGACCCAGACGGUCGUGGACGACUUCAUGUCAGCGGACCUGGCCUGGAACAUGGAGUCUCAUUUCAGCUCGGUAGAAACACAAACCUGCGAAGAGCUGUUCUCUCUGUUUCAACACUCGGAGAAGCCCAACAGCUGAAGGCCCUGCUCCCUUGCUGCGGCUGGAAUUCAGAUCACACAGAAAGCAUCUCUUGGCCUCUGAAAUCUACCUUUCGGAGGGAGGCUGAAGGCUCAGAGAAUGGGUGUUCAGACAGACACUCCUCAAUAAGCCUAUAGAAGCCCCCUGCCAAUGUGUUCACUCACUAAAAUGUCAUUCCAAAUGUGUGAGGUGGUGAGUAAAUGAAAACAUUGAAGAAAAUGUACUGGCAGCACUUUCAGUUCUCCACAUGCCUCUGUGAUAUGCACAGCAACAAAACAUAAAUACUAAAGUACAGAUUUGUAUACGGUCAUCUCCACAGUCUGAACAUGUUUAAAUUCAACACUGUAUGAAAGAUUCUCUUUCAUUAGGCUUCAUUUUGACCUGUUCUAAAUGAAUGUCAAAGUAAAUGUACUUGUGAAAACUCUUUAAAAAGGUUGGAAGGUAAUACCAGUCAAUACAGUGAAGGGUGACUAAACUGACUAAACACUAACAGUAAUCACAUAAAAAGAUAUUGAAAUGUACAUCUGUCAGUCCACAUGGACUGUUGCUCUGUCAGUAGACCCUUAUGAAGCUACAUCACCUGUGAGAAAACUGCCCAUAGACCUAACUGGAACGAUCCUGUGAUGCUCAGAAGAAGUCAGAUACCACUAUGGGCCAAAAAGAUAUUUCUUAACCAAUAUAUUGCUUUUUACAUGUGUGCGCUUGCUGUAGGUGUAAAAGAAACCUUUAUGACCUGUGAUGUAAAUUGUGAGUCUACAAUUUGUUAGAUAGAACAGAAGUCUGUCACUGUGAAGAUAUGGUUGCUGUGCUCCUUUAGCAGGAAUCAUGCACACAUUUAUUCUUGCUGACUGUUAAUAAUACACUUAGUCAUCAUCA